UGGCAAAUCACCAGGAAAGAAAAAAACGGUUUUUUGAUUGGCUCAGUUUUGGGUGUUUUUUUUUUUACCAUCAAAUAAAAAAAAAAUCUUUUUUUGUAACGCUCUCUUUUUUUUUUCCCAUAUCAAAUUCGAACGCGUUUUUUUUUUUUUUAAUCAUGUCUGACGCAGCUGAGAAAGUCGAAAAGAAGGAAGGAGCCGGACCCGUCGAACACAUUAAUCUCAAGGUUGUCGGUAGCGAUACCAAUGAAGUCUUUUUCAAAAUCAAACGUUCCACUCAACUUAGAAAGCUGAUGGAUGCUUAUUGUGAACGCCAGGGUAAACAACCUGGAUCAGUUCGUUUCUUAUAUGACGGUACUCGUGUUUUACCCCAAGAUACACCUAACGAAUUGGAUAUGGAUGACGGCGAUAGUAUUGAUGUCAUGGUAGAACAGAUUGGUGGCUGUUAAAAAGAAAACAGUGUACUUUUACAAAAAAAAAAAGCAGGAAAAAUAAAAAGAGUGCCUUACGAAUACACUCUUAACUCGACUUUUUGUGCAUGUUCCUUUUUUUUUCUUUAAACAAUUCAUACACCAUCUCCCCUUUCAUUAUAAAUAAACCUGAAAAAAAAAAAAUACAUUUUACAAAAAAAAAAAAAAAAAAA